AUGGCCGACAUCGAUAUUCAUAUGAGACAGCAUUCUGUUACUGAAUUGUUGAAUGCAGGAGUAUUUGAUGAGACAACUACAAGUUCAGGGGAUGGAUUCGGAAGUAAACCAGCAUUUGGACAGACAGGGGGCUCCGUGUUUGGACAGACACCAAAAUUUGGGUUUGGUGGUUCAACUUUUGGAGGAGGAACAUCUCUUUUUGGUGGUUCCAGCACAGCAGGGAAUUCUUUUAAGCCAGGAGGAACACUGUUUGGUGGAGCCAGUACAACUACUACUCAGUCUGGUGGUACAUUCAGUGCUGCUGCAGGCCAAGGAGUUGGGCAAACAGGAUUUGGCUCAGCCCCUGCAUUUCAGAAUAAGCCAGGUGGAUUUGGAUCUGCACCAGUUUUUGGUGCUGGAAGCCCAGCAGGCAGUGCUGGCUUUGGUUAUCCACCAACAUUUGGAGGUGCUCCAACCUUUGGGGGUUCACCUACAUUUGGCAGUGCAAACAGAGUAUUUGGUUCUCCUGCAGCAGCAAGUCCAAGUUUCGGAGCAUCACCUACAGGACAGCAGCAGUCGAAUACCUUUGAAAGCUUAGCUUCUCAGAAUACAUUGACAUUUGGAAAUUUGGCCAGUCAAAGUCCUGGAUUUGGUUCUCCACAGCCAUCAUUAUUUGGAGGGACACAGACAUCUCCAAAUAACCCACCAGCAUUUUCCACCACUCGUUGUGACGUGCAGGGGGAUCUGUUCGGCGGGAUUGCAUUUCCGCCGGUGAUGGCUGGCGGGCCGCGCGCUCUCCCGCUCUCGUUGCAGCAGGUGGCGUAG